GAGAGCCCACCACCAGGCCGUCGCUCGAGCAGACAGAAGACCACUCCCCUGAGGAAGCAGGCUGAGAAUCAGGACAAGGAGGAGUCCUCUGAGUCAGAGUCUGAGAAAGAUGGUCAAAAUCAGGCGAAAUCCUCCAAGAAUACUAAAAAAGAGGAUGGGGAGGAAACCAAGGAUUCAGAGAAAAAGAUGGAUGACUCUGACUCGAAAGAAGAGAAAGCUGCAGAAGGCCACAGCGCAGACGAGGAACGUGGAAGCACAAAUGCUAAAAACAACACAUCCAAAAAGGAGACAGGCAAAGCGUCCAAACGCAAAAGGAAGUCUGAAAGCUCCUAUUCAGAGUUGGAGAACAAAAGUAAGAAGACACCCAAGAAGAAGAAACAGAAUGACUCAGACUCUGGCCCCAGAGCAGCCGCCAAGCUGCAGUCUUCCUCCAGCGAGGAUGAGGAGGAGCAGCAGGCUGAAGAGGACUCUGGAGAGGACAGUGACGAGCAAAAGAUCAAACCCAUUGUGGAGGAUAACUUGGUGGGAAGUAGUGGCCCUUUUCAUCAAUCCUCAGGAGACAAAGAAGACGAUAAAGAGAAAGUCUCUCAGCUUUGUGAAGAUGUUGACGAUGAUCCUGAAAAAAGAUUUGCAAAGAAAACGCCUCUCUUGUCAGGAGAGGAGGCGGCAGCCAGCAAAGAGAAGAGGAAUGAGGGGGCCGAGACGAACAAAGUGUCCAGCAAUGAAUCCUCAGACUCCGUCUCUGAGAAGUUAGAGUCUACAGCAGGUUUGGGGAAAACCGAGGAGCUUUGUGAAUCAGAGACCGAGGGGAAGCAUUCAAAGACCAGAUCUGCGAUGAAGACAGACAAGGAGAAAAAGAGAAGUUACAAUCAGAAGAGGAAACGGCAAAGGAUCAAAGUUCAAGACUCUUCUUCCAGCAAUGAGAAG